CUACCUUCAUAUACUGAUCGAGGUGCGGUAUAUGUAGCAUGCGCGUCUUUGAUUUAUGAAUGCGUCAAUGAUCUAGUCAAACUGCAACAAUGCAACAAACCAAAAUGCCAGAUCGCCCAAGCGGCAUACCUCGACCAGUCUCCAGAAUCCCGUUGCCCACUCAGACGACCGUGAAGACCCUAAAGCCAUCGCCAUCCAGAGAACGACUCCAAGCUGACACUGGAAUUGACCUUCGCCGUCUGCGGCGACCCUCACAAGAGACACUGACACGCAAACUCUCGAGCCAACACCUGAGACGACGCGAAUCAACUCAGACACUACACAGUUUCAUCGAGGAUGCAGAAUCACCGGUAGAGUUCGACGGAGAGACAUGGAAUACGUCUCGCGGCCGUACUGAUCCUCUUUCGCCAGGGGCACCGUCACUUUCUGAUCGCACAAUCGAAACCUUAUCACGAAUCCCUCCGUCUCCAUCACCGCACAAUAGAAGAACACUUCAUAUAGGACACGACACAUCAAUGGGCCCUCCGUUGCGACCUGCCUCCAGGGUGAAUGACUACUCCCGACCGCCAUCGAGAUCCUCGCAGCACUUGGGCAUUGAAGAGGGAGACGGUGUGCCAUCUCCCACUGCCAGGAGGGCAUCAUCAAGACUCUCUUCUGUGUCCAUGUCGAGCCGAGAGUCUGUACCGUCACAGCUUCCCAACAAGACUACAGAAUCAGCAACAUCAAUAAAUUCAACCCGGAGACAAAGUCUAGGACCCGGAAAACGCAGUUCAAUGAUUGGAGCCCCCUCGAAGCGUGGGGACACUCUGCCUUUGAGGUCUGCACGCGUUCCUGGAAACAAUGACGGUGCGAGUGGCCGGCCCAAGCCGAGGCUGUCUUUGUCGUCUGCUUUUGUGAAGCCGACACCGGACGAAGUCACUCCAUCUUCAGUUACUGUCAAGAAAACCAGACAACCACCGUCAAAUAUCGGAUCAAAUAUGACUUCUCCCUCGUCAAUUGCAUCCAAAAACUCGUCAAACGGUUCAGAUCAGACUGUCGAACCCGACACAGAGAUUCGCAAGGUCUCAAAGUCGUCCAAUGCGUUACGUGAAAGCAUUGCGAAAGCAAAGGCAGCCAGGAAGACCGCCAGACAGAGUAGUACUGGUCCUGCUGCUCGUGACGUAUGGGAUAAUAUCGAGGUGCAAGAUCCAUUUGGCCAGCUUCUCAAAGACGGCGGUAAUAAGGCAGUGCUGCAGAAACGAGUAGACACUGCCAGAAAGUCUGGAUCUCUGAACAUUGCAGCGUUGGGCUUGUCUACUUUGCCAGACGAGGUGCUCAAAAUGUAUGAGUACGAUCCAAACUCCAAUUCUGACUGGUUUGAGAACGUCGAUCUUGUCAAAUUCAUUGCAGCGGAUAAUGAGUUGGCUACGCUACCGGAUGCAGCUUUUCCGGAUAUUGAUCCUGAAGAUCUUGACAUGGAACACGAAAGCAAAGGCAAUCAAUUCGGAGGGUUGGAGAUCUUGGAUCUUCACGGUAACGUUCUUCAGAGUCUGCCAAUGGGGCUGAGGAGACUACAGCGGUUGACCUCUUUGAAUCUGUCAAAUAACCAACUUAAGAUGGAGGACAUUGCAGUGAUUGCGCAGCUUCAUCAACUGAUUGACCUCAAACUGGCAAACAACAACCUGAAAGGAACGUUGCUAUCAGGUAUAUGUCAGCUUUCGAAUCUGGAAGUCCUUGAUCUGCAUGGUAACAGCGUCAAUCUUCUUCCUAAUACUACUUCCGAGCUUAGAAGCUUGAAGACGUUGAACCUCGCCGAAAAUGAACUUACAUGGCUGCCGUCAAUAGCAUUAAGCAAACUUCCGUUAGUAGAAUUGAACGCUUCUCGAAACAAACUCCAGGAUACAUUGUUCGAGUCGACCGGGGAAGGAUUCAGGAAUCUGCAAUCACUGAAUGUUGCAUUUAACUCGCUAAAUAAAUUAUCUGAAGAUGAUGGCUUCAAUCUGCCGAACCUACAGUUUUUGCUAGUUGAUGCCAACCGUCUCAAAUCUUUGCCAUCUUUGGUAGCUUGUCGAUCACUUUUGAGGAUAACAGCAGAGGGCAAUGGUAUCACAACGUUGCCAGACGGGUUCUUUGACUUGAGGAACCUCAAACACGUGGAUCUCACUGCUAAUGAUUUGAGCAAGCUGGACGAACGUAUUGGUUUGAUGGAGAACUUGGUCACAUUCUGCAUUGCAAAUAAUCCUUUGAGAGAAAGAAAGUUCUUAACAAUGGAUACGGAGGAUCUCAAGAAUGAUCUACGCUAUCGCUGCGCGCCGCCGGCGACAGCCAGUCCAGAUAACGAUGGGGCACCGGUACCACGGGCCCGAAGUGAAGCGGGUGAUGAAGAAGAAGAAGGCUCCGUGGCGACUGAGUUCACGUUGGCUCCAGAAAGUCCCAGUCAUUUGAACCGUUGGAAAGUGAAGACCGGGGGUGUCCUCGAUCGUUCCGCUACCGAAAUGACAGAGCUGGACGCUGACGAGCUGAAACCUUUAUUAUCAAACUACGACAUCAAAUGUCUUUACCUUCAGCGGAACAAGCUUCAAACGUUUCCAGUUCUCGCACUCAAUCUCAUCUCGACUACUCUGAUUGAUCUAGAUCUAUCCAAGAAUCCUUUGAAAACAGACCAGCUGUUUGCAGAGUCUGUGUCCUUUCCUCAGCUGCAAAGUCUAACUCUGAAUGGAAGCGGGUUGACUGCAGUCGACUCUCUAUUCGAGAAUCUCACUGCCCCCGCCUUAAAGUUUCUUGAUAUAUCCAACAACCGUCUCACGGGCUCUCUACCGCUUGCUCGACAACACUAUCCUAAACUAAUCACAUAUCUCGCAGCGGACAACCAACUCUCCAGUCUCGAAUACGAGGCAGUCAAGGGGCUGCAAGUAUUAGACAUAAGCAACAACGACAUCGACUUCCUACCACCAAAAAUUGGAUUACUAGGUGGAGAAGACGGCGGAGGGCUUAAACGUCUGGAAGUUGCCGGAAACACAUUUCGUGUUCCGCGAUGGCAGGUCGUUCAAAAGGGGACUGAAGCUAUUCUGGAAUGGUUGAAGGGGAGAAUUCCGGCUGAUGAGCUGAAUGCCGAGUCGGAAGUUUAA